AUGCAUUCUCCGCCCAGAGGUUUGGUGUAUGCCAUUUAUUACGCAACCCUUGCAGCCAUCGCCGUCCCAGUUAAUUUACUGGCGAUUGUGAUCUUGUCCCGGGGAAGAUGCGGCCUUUCUAGAUGCAUCACUCGAUACCUGCUUUCGAUGGCAGUUUCGGAUCUCGCGGUCAUUGUCACCGCUGUAAUAUUAAACCGCAUCCCUGGUAUUUACUUCCCUGCUGGUUACCUUUCCCUCACGCCCGUGUGUCGCGUCAGCAUCACGAUAAUCUAUGUCGCCAGAGACAGCUCUGUCUGGCUAACAGUAGCUUUCACAUUUGACAGGUUCGUGGCUAUUUGUUGCCUGAAGCUGAAGACUAAAUAUUGCACGGAUAAAAUGGCGAGUAAAGUCAUUGCCACAGUGUGUUGUUUGUGUUGUCUGAUCAAUAUCCCCUGGUACUUUCUACACGAACCCGUCUACAUCAUUAACGACGUCCCGUGGUACUGCAGACUGAAGGAGAUCCGAUACAGCUCACCACUAUGGGCGACCUUUCAAUGGAGUGACCGUCUUCUCACCCCUUGCAUCCCUUUCUCUCUGAUUCUCCUACUCAACGCUAUGACGGUCAGAUACAUCCUCGUGGCCAGCAGAGCCCGCAGGAGACUCCGGGUGAAGAGUGAUGGGGAGAGCCAGAGUGACCCAGAGAUCGAGAGCAGGAGGAAGUCUAUCGUCUUGCUCUUCGCCAUUUCGGGGAGUUUCAUCCUGCUGUGGACCACAUAUGUAGUACAGUUCUUUUAUGACCGAUUUACAAACGAUCAAAUCAAAGGCUUCAACGACCCCAAAUUCAUUCUCAGAGAAUCUUGCAACAUGCUCCAGCUCUUGAGUUGCUGCACAAACACGUUCAUUUAUGCAGUGACUCAGAAAUCGUUGUGA